ACAUAUAGAGUUUUCAACAUUUAAAAUUCGAAUCCACAUCUAGAAAGUAGAAACACAAGGCCUUUGUUUUGACGAAUAGAAAAAGUGGACGUCAAACACAAAAACAAAAAAAAAAAGGGAAAGAAAAUGAGAAACCAACAAAAAGAAGGAACUUGAAGGAAGAAAAUGUAAAAAAAGAAGUAAAUUUUAGAUACCGUCAGUCAUGGCCGAAGGAUUCGCGCCCACACGCGGCGACCCCAUCGAAUUGAUUUUCUCCAUCUUUUGUCUCCCACUAUUUAAACUUCCCACUUCCUCCUCCCUUUUUCUCACACCAAAAACGCAUUUCUUUUCUCUCCCUACAUUUCUCUCUAUUCUUUGAUCUCCCUACAAUUGGAACUGUUCCACAAAAGUAGUGAUCAUAUAUUCAUCUUAGCUGUUAAGUGUUAACCUGUAUUAUCAUGGAGGAGCUAAGUCACAGAAAACGAACUCGGACUGAUUUGUCCGAGUUCGAGUUCGACUCAACCAACGCCAAGAAGAUGAGGGACGAUCUCCUGAGUCUACUCGACGACUCGGACCCUGCACCCGACCGUGACCCGGUGAGUCAUGAUCUUGACUCGGUGAUCAAGAGUUUCGAGGAGGAAAUAUCUAGAUCUUCCCCGGCGACUGUUAUUGAUCUGACCUCGGAUUCCGGCGAGUUUAUGCCGGAGUUAGGUAAAGUAAACGUUGACGGUGCCGGAUUAUUGCCGGAGACUGAAAGUAGAGUUGGUGAUGGUAGUGAGUUGGUCCGAGUUUCGUAUGAGUCGUCGGGAAUCGGCGAGUUUUGGAAUUUCCAGGACGAGUUGUUGCCGUGUUACGACUCGUUUGGGUUUGCGUUUGGUUUUGAGCAAAAUCAUGAGAGCAAUGAGUACGUGACAUUAGAUGGAAUAUUUGAUUACUCUGAUGUAAAUUUGGGAUCGGAAUUUUCUUGGCGGCCGGACUCCACGCCGGCUAGUAUCAAAUAAUACUUUCUAUUUAAAAUA